UAUUUAUCUACAGGUAAAUAGACAUACCGUCAAUGUGUCAUGGUUAACUAUAAAUCAUCAUGGCAGAUUCGAAGCAGUUCCCCCCCACAUGGAGCGGAUGUUGCUUUUCAGCUGGGUUCCGUUCCGCGUUAUUGGAACGAUGCUGUGCCUCUUAUUGGACCAACAACGCCCGCAUUUUACGAUAGGAUCCUAGGUAAUCGAAAGGAUCAACAUCCAGGGGGCGUUAGCCAAGCACAUGUAUUUAUCCGUGUUGUUGAUAGGUCAAUUGAUUACAACGCGUGCCCUUCCCGCAACACCUAGGUAUAAGAAUCAAGCUUUGGUAGCUCUACGGAAUAGUCAAGCUCCUGAUAACCCGUCACUUGGCAUUCCUGUCAUUUCAGCUAGAGCUUAGGUAGUACCUAGCUAAGUCCAAUACAAGAAGAUGCAGCUUGUUACUGCCGCCGUUGUCUUGUCAGCCCUGCUGGUUCAGUCCAGUACCGCGGCUGACGAUACCGCCUUUGUCACGGCCGCACCCCACGCCGGCUCGGCCACCUCGGACCUCUUUCCACCACCGAGCACCUCGGUCGACUCUGCACUCUUCCCGCCAGAGGCUGAAGUCGGAUUCCCAGGACCGACACCAACAGGCGUCGAGCCCGCCGCAAUUCAAACUGCGGCGGCGUAUCCGUACAAUCGGGGACCGACGAACCAGUUCCCGUUAGUCGCGCCGCAGCCUCACGGCCAAAGCGAGACAUCGGACAAGUUCGAUAUCACCAAAUAUUGGGGCAACUUGUCGCCUUGGUAUUCCCUAUCUUCUGCCGAUUUUGGUUUGCCAGAUACAAGCCCCCUCGCACCGCCUGGCUGCAGUGUCACUCAGGUACAUCUCUUGUAUCGUCAUGGUGCCAGAUACCCCACUACCGGCGCCGCGCCGGCCCAGUUCGCGAACAAGAUUGCGAAAGCUACUAAGCAAGGGCUGCAGGUUAAGGGUGACCUAACAUUCUUAUCCGAUUGGACCUAUAAGCUGGGCGGUGAACUACUUUCCCCGUUCGGUAGGAGCCAGGAGUUUCUCCUCGGUAUUCAGCACCGCCAACUCUACGGCCACCUGCUUAAUAACUUUACCGAAGCUGGCACCAUUCCCGUCUUCCGGACCCAGUCUCAGGACCGUAUGGUUAAGACUGCCGAGAACUUCGCGGCCGGCUUCUUUGGCGUACCUGAGUAUUUGGAUCAAGUGAACAUCGAGAUUCUUGUAGAGGCACCUGGCGUGAAUAACUCAGGUGCCCCCUACGAUGUCUGUGACAAUUCCAAUGUCGCUGGUCGGGGGAACAUUGGGAGCUCGAUGGCCUCGAAAUUUGCGAAAAAUGCUUUCAACGCUACCCUUGCUCGUCUAAACUCACAGGUUUCUGGUAUCGAGUUCACUUCCACCGAUGUCAUUGCGAUGCUUCAACUUUGCUCUUAUGAAACCAAUGCCCUUGGGUACUCUGCGUUCUGUGGACUGUUUAGCCAGGAGGAUUUCCUGAACUUUGAGUACUACUUUGAUCUUUCGUUCUACUACAACAACGGUCCCGGGUCACCUGUCGCUGCUGCCCAGGGUAAAGGUUACCUACAGGAGUUCGUCGCGCGCUUCACAGGUGAAUACCCAGAGGCUUGGUCAGCUCUGAACCAGACGUUCGACAACUCGUCCACCUACUUCCCCCUUAACCAGUCCAUCUACGCCGAUGCCACCCACGAAGUUGUUGUCCUCGACACCCUUACCGCCUUCAACCUGUCGGCAUUGUUCAAAGGACCUCCCCUAAACCCCCAAGAAAACCAAAGAGAGAACAGCUUCUCAUCCAGCAAGCUCGUGCCAUUCGGUACCCACUUCACCACUCAAGUUCUCGAAUGCUCGACCUACCAACCCACCAAGCAGAUCAGGUUCAUUGUAAACGACGCCGUCAUCCCCAUCGCGGACUCCUACUCCGGCUGCCCCGCCGACCCGCACGGGCUCUGCGCAUUUGACAACGUGGUGUCGGUGCUCAAGGACCGCAUCGACGAGAUCGACUUCGACUACGACUGCUUCGGCGACUACGCCGCUGAGUCGGGUGUCGACUACAACGGUAGGGCGCCCAAGAGUAGCUAGGAUGAGAGGUCGCAGGCACCUGGUAGCCUGCAGAACGGAGUGGUCGUCGCGAUGGCUAAGGCUUUUUUGGUCCUGGGAAGUAUUACUGUGUUCGUGUUACGGAUGUAGUUUGGGGUCUUGAGAAGUCUGCGUAGAUAUUUGGUCGUUUUCGGCCUGUUGGGGUAAUAAAGAAUAUUCCAGACUAGACAGAACCAACCCCUAAUUGGACAUAUAUCGCGUGCAAGCUACGAUCAGUCAUAUAUAGGUGCCAAAGAUCUAAGUGUGUGUAAUAGUGUGUUGGCUAAGAUUAUAAGUUCGAGCUAUACUACUUAUA